CACUAGAUGUCGCUAUUGUGCAGACCAGUCCCUUCUAUCUGCGCAUGCGUCAGUCUGAACCACUUCUGUAAUUUUAGAGGUGUUGUGUAAAUGAAACUGUACAGAAGUUACAUUAUAGAGUAAACGUUCAAGUUAAGACCAGACGUCUCAUAGGUAACAUGUUUGGUUGUGUGGUGGUCGGCGUCGGCAUAGCAGGUAAGGUCAGGAUCCGAGACCUUCUCACACCACUGGCUUCCAGCGCUGCGGAAAUCUUCACUCUUAAGGGCUUGGUGUCUAGGAGGAUGCUGGAUGAGGUGCAGGGAGUCCGACAGAUGCCUCUGGAGGAGGCGCUGACCCGCAGUGACGUUCAGGUGGCCUUCAUCUGCACAGAAAACACCAGCCAUGAAGACUACAUCAGCCCUUUUCUUGAAGCAGGGAAACACGUGUCUGUGGAAUAUCCCAUGGUGCUCAGCUACAACGCCGUCGCUGACCUCAUGGCCCAGGCACAAAGGAAGGGUUUAAUCCUGCACGAGGAGCACAUCGAGCUCCUCACUCCUGCCUUCAAGCAGCUGAAGAAAGAUGUAGCUGGAAAGCAGCUGGAAGAAGGAAGCCUGCAUUUCACAGGAGGUCCACUAAAGAGUGGGUCUGGGUUCCUCGCGUUCAGCGGCAUGUCCCGACUUACCUGGCUGGUGGAUCUUUUUGGAGAGCUCAGCGUUAAAGCAGCGACAAUGGACGAACAGCCGGAGAAGAAACACUCAAAGAUGACGGUCCAACUGUUAACCAAAGACCAGAAAUCUCUGUCUUUUGUAUAUACGUGUUCCGCGCAGACCCCUGACCUGGACAGAGGAACGUGCCGAAGGCUUGAGCCGCGGCAAACACAUCCACCUGCGCUUCAGCACCUGCACCAUGACCGAGUUUCCGGUCGGCGUCCAGGAGCCCGUGGGAUUGUUCAUGCAGGACACGGUGCUGUUCGGGAGCAAGCUGCAGGGCUCCGUGCCACCAGAACAACUCCAAGCAGAGAGGAGUCGAAUCCUUCACUGCUUCGAGCUGGCUGAGGAGAUCAGAACACACUGUCAGGGCACGACGGCCUGAAAUAACUUAGAAGAGAGAGAAAGGGAAAGGGGCGGGGCAGGACCAUACAUGAACCCAUAGAUCCGAAUCAGGGAUUCUAUCUCGUAGCUUUUAUACACGCUAGCAAUUCAUGCCGAGGUCAAAAAGUCGCAGCAUUAAUAACAAGUUUGAAAUUUUUUUUUCUAAUACAGCUACAUAUUCCUGAAGCUCUGACACCAAGUUAAAGCACGUCUUGCUGGAACAGUGCAUCCAGGCGACGUGACGUGGGUUCGGUUUUAAGCACAGCCUAAGCAGCCUUGUGACCUCUUAAGAUAUUUAAACAAAAAUAAAUAGAAUAAAUGCAUGUGUAAAGUGCAUUAUAUUACUGGGUUUAGACCUACGCUACAUAGUGAAACUUAUUAUUAUUAUUAUUAGGAUAACAGCAUAAUGUUUAAAUUCCACAAACACACAAGUUAGCACACAGUUCCAUGAUCCUGUAUUUAGGUUAAGAACAUUACAUAUAACAUAAUAUCUGUCUAGCUAUAAUACAAAAUAUACAAUAUUUAUAUACAUCAUUUAUAUUUAGCCUCAUUUUGUGGUUUUCUACCCUUUUUUUUAUAUAUUGUCCAGUCUUGCACAAAUGAUAACACAGUAAAAUAAAAAAAAGUUCAAGAAG